UCAAGCACUGAAUGGAUUUCAAGAUCUAUAAAUACACCAAACUUUCUAAAACAAGUACAUCAACAAGCAAUUUUAAGUUCUUUGAAAAAUAGUUUAAUUUUUCUGAGUUUGUAACACUAGUUACUCAAUUUUAAUCACAAAAUCAUGGAUAACUCCCAGAAUUUGAGCUACCAAGCUGGUCAAGCCAAGGGUCAAGCCCAGGAAAAAGGUAAUCAAAUGAUGAACAGUGCUGCCAAUAUUGCACAGUCUGCUAAGGAAUCACUUCAAGAGGCGGGACAACAAGUGCAGGACAAAGCACAAGGAGCGGCAGAGGCAGUUAAAAAUGCCACUGGCUUGAACAAAUGAAAUCCUAAUUUCGAUUGCAGCCAUAUGGGCUCUUUUUUUUUAAUCCCCUCUAAAAUAAUUUGAAAUUUUUUUGUUAUUUCAAAUUAGGAAAGCAAUUUUUCUUAUUUUGGAUUAAGUAUUUUUUUUUAGAGGUUUCUUAUUUCUGAAUUAAAGAAGAAUAAAAAAAAAGUUGUGUAUAGGUCACAUUGGCACAACUUUCUUAUUUUUUUUCUUCUUUUAAUCUAAUAAAAGUGUUUCAUUUUCUUGAA